UAUUCACUUCUCUUCUUCACUUUUCCGUGUCUGCAGGUUCCUAUCUACAAGACUGAUGUGAAGCUGAUUGUGGUUCCCACCACCGUCUACGAUACUAUCUACGACACCCAAUACAAUGUCAUCACCAAGCUUCUCUACACAACUCUCUACGACAACUACAUAGAGUACGACUCCUCGGUGGCAGUUGGGACACGUUACGUUAGUGUGACGGACGUUCAACCGGUGCCAGCUGUGACCACCGUCACCAACAUCAAGCUGCAGGUGGUGCCCUCAGUGGUCACCAACAUCAAGGGGGUGACGGUAGGCUCAGCCAAGGUACUUACCGACACCGCCUACUUCACCAAGACCAUCACCAAGCAGUCUGUCUACACUGCCACUCAGAAAGUGCCCUUCCCCAUCAUCACCACGCAGUACAAAGUCGUCACGGAGACGAAGAUUGUUGCUGACACAGUCACCGUAACAGCUCCCUUAAAGAAGGCACCUCCAGUGAUCUCCACCAUCGAAAACACUGAAGUGCAUUAUAACCCAGUUAUUCUCACUACCACUUUAUUCACCACCAUCUACGCCACAGUGGUGAAGCAGCAGCCUGUACCAUUUACCGUGGUGACGUCUGUUUGCAGUGGCGGCGAAGUCCCGGCAGUAGCAAGUGAUGUCAGUCCCUUGGCAGUAAGAAGCAACCUCGAUGUAGGGGCAGCAGGAAUAGGUGGGGAAAUCGGAGGAGCAGGAAUUGGUAUAGGAACUGGAGAAGUAGGAAUUGGAGGAAUAGGAAUUGGUGCGGGAAUCGGAGCAGGAACUGGAUUGGGAGUUGGUGGAACUGACAUCAAAGAAAUCCCUCUAUUUUCUUCUCAAGGAGCCGUUUCCGGUAAUAGUUAUGCGUCAUACGAUAAUUAAAAACAAAUAUUAAAAAAAAAUGUCUCCAAGUUAACUUGAGAAGUCAGGCUGCAAGAGUAUGGAAUAUGUCUUGCUAUUAGCGAACGGAGGAUCAGGCCUCAACCGCUCAAUGCACUGAAUGACCCACAAGGUGCCUUAAUAAAACAACCAGUGCUACUGUGUUCCCAUAAUGGAGAAUGUUCUGCAGCAGCCAUAACGUACUGUGAUUUUAUAGAAGUAAGACAAAGCACUCACGACGUGUACUCAGGUUAUUUGUACCAGAUUAUGACGUGUGAACAAACAUUUAAGGUAUUUCAUUAUCGAUGUUUCGGUCCUGGUAGCUUGUUGACACGUAAUAUGAGUUAACACCAAACAUAAGCUCAUUUAUACACUGUAUAGGCAAGGGUAUAUGUGAGGUAAGCUGAGAUUACCUUAUGAAGUUCAAUGAAGAGAAAUUUCAUCUACUCAGAUAUGGAAAACUUGAGGAAAUUAAAACUUUAUCAUGAUAUAUAACAAAUUCUAACCACACAGUAGAGCGAGAAACUAAUGUGAAGGACCUGGGAGUGAUAAUGUCAGAGGAUCUCAUUUUCAAAGACCACAACGAUGUAUCUACCACAUCUGCUAAAAAAAAAUUGAUAGGAUAGAUAAUGAGAACUUUCAAAACUAGGGACGCCAAGCCCAUGAUGAUUCUCUUCAGAUCGCUUGUCCUCUCUGGGUUGGAAUACUGCUGUAUACUAGCUGACCCUUUCAAGGUAGGCAAAAUUUCUGACCUGAAGAAUGUACAGAUGACUUUCACGGCACACAAGUACGAUAAAACACCUAAAUUACUGGGAACGGUUGAGGUCCUUUGAUUUAUAUUCCCUGGAAUGCAGGCGAGAAAGAUGCAUGAUAAUAUACACUUGGAAAAUCCUAGAGGGAUUAGUACCAAACUUGCACACGAAAAUAACUCCCUAUGAAAGCAAAAGACUGGGCAGGAGAUGCAGCAUUCCCCAGUGAAAAGCAGGGGCGACACUGAGAGACAACACAACAAGUUUCAGGGGCCCAAGACUUUUCAACUGCCUCCCAACAUACAUAAAGGGGAUUACCAAUAGACCUUGGGCUGUCUUCAAGAAGGCGCUGACACCGUCGGUUUAUGUGCGGCCAGCAUUAACAACCAGGUUGAUCAGACCCUGAUCCACAACGAGGCCUAGUCUCAGACCGGGCCUCAGGGGCGUUGAUCCCCAAAACUCUCUCCAGGUAUACUCCAGGUGGUCAUGUUCGUGAAGCAUGCGUGUCAACAUGGCAGAUGUGUUAUAACCAUCAGGGAUGCUUCAGAACACCGGGGUCUCCAUAAAUCCAACUCUCUGAUAAUCACUUUGGCUUCGUUCCAUUUCAUUAAAUGCCUCUCACAGUAUCUAUACAUCAUGUAUCCCUUACUUUGCUCAUCUCUGCUACACGUAUAAUUAUAUACUUUUAUCUUAAUCGACCUAUGCCAGUCUCCUUCACGUACUUAUAUUGUCUCCACGGAACAAUGUAAACACCAGCAGUGAAGUCGUCAUGCACAGUCACUAAGAAACAUCUCAUGAAAUGGAAUGAAGCUCAUCUGGUCAUCAAGAGCCUGAUUUAAGGAGACGCCAGUGUUCAGAAGCAUUCCUGAUACUGGUAACUAAUAUGGAAGUGCAGAAAGCAGGACUCUAACAUAAUCGGCCAGAAAUUUCUUGACCACGUUUCGCCCUGCUUACCUUGGGACACAGCCAUCAGGUGACCUCACUACAGUCGGCUCACCUGACCCUCACUAUACAUCAGCUUAACUCACACGUACCUUUACCCAUAUAAACUUAUGUUUCUCAUUCUUUAUGUAUAUUUGGAACGCACCGAAGCGUAUGUAUAAAAUAUGCCUUAAAUCUUUGCUCUCAUGACUCUCCACAACUUACCAGUCACCAGUGUACCAGGUUACUUGUACACUGAACUUGUACACCAAGGUUACUUGUACACUGAACUUGUACACCAAGGUUACUUGUACACUGAACUUGUACACCAAGGUUACUUGCACACUGGACUAGUACACCAAGGUUACUUGCACACUGGACUAGUACACCAAGAUUUCUUGUACGCUGGACUUGUACAUCAAGUUAAGUGUACAAAUGACUUUUACACCAAAUGACUUGUGCAAAGUCACGUAUAAUAAGCGUAUUUUUAGUAAGCUUAAGGUUUGAUAGUCCCGUAAAUAUUGUCUGUUGUUACAUUAUAUUGUUAUGUUGAUAAAUUUUUGUCAAAUUUAAUUUGAUUUAUUAACAACAAUGAAAGCCUAUAAGGAUAAAGGAUAUUUAGAGAAAUAUUACAAAAAGUCUUUGAGUAAAGUACGGAAAGAUUAUUUCAGAAUUAUUGAAACUAAUGAGGAAAAUAUUAAACGAUAUACCAAAAAUAUUACAUAGGUUUUGAAAAUUGAAUAACGAUAUUAAAAUGAGGAUUAACAUAACUGGACAAUGAAUAUUUAAAAUAAAAGGAAGUAGGUUUCUCUUUAAUUAAAUAUAGACAGUGAAGGAAUUAGAAAGAUUAUAUUAUGAAGCGACAACGAAUAUACGGAGAGAGUAGAAACACAUGGUGAGAGAGAGAGAGAGAGAGAGAGAGAGAGAGAGAGAGAGAGAAUAAACGAACGGAAUCAGUGAGACUAAUACUGUUUGGUGGGAUUAUUUUAGUAUUAUAAGCAUGAGGAAGUCCUAAGCCCGUAGGGGUCACACAGCAUCUGGAGAAUACACAAAUUCUAAAUAUGG